AUAGGCAAUUUUCACAGCUUUUCGGUCUCUUCGCCUUUCAUCAGCAGAGGAUUCAAGUAUCUUUUGUCUGCAGCCCAAGCGUCAGCUUCACCUUCACCAUCAUGGUUGAGCAGUUUGUUGGAACCUGGACUCUUGUUAACAGCGACAAGUUUGAUGACUACAUGAAAGCAGUCGGCGUAAAUUUCGCCACUCGGCAAAUGGGAAUCCUUGCAAAGCCUAACGUGGUGAUCAACGUGGGUGAUGAUGGGUUUAUUACACUAAAGUCUGUGACUACAUUCAAGACCACGGAGUUCAAGUUCAAGCUGAAUGAGGAAUGCGAUGAGGACACUCCUGACGGCAGAGCCACCAAGACCACCAUGACAAUUGAGGAUGGCAAACUCGUGCAGAAACAGGCUUGGGAUGGGAAGACGACAAGAAUUGAGCGAGAAAUUCAAGAUGGAAAACUAAUAGCUAAAUGUUACAUGGAUGAUGUUGUUGCAGUGAGGACCUAUGAGAAAGCGGCUUAAUGCACUCUUUGCGAAGAGUUCCUGUUCCUUCAAGACCGUGCUCUACGGCCAAACAUGGCAAUAAAGUUUAAACUGUGACACUUCA